AUGGAAAAUAAUAAUAAUAAUUUUAUUGAAGAAGAAGAAGAAUUAAGUGAACCAAAAGAAAAAUGUGGAGUUUUUGCAAUUUAUGCACCAGAAUUAGAUGUUAGUAGAAUUGCAUUUUUUGGAUUAGUAGCAUUACAACAUAGAGGACAAGAAUCAUGUGGUAUAGCAACCUAUGAUGAAUUUCAAAGUGUACAUGUAGAGACAGGUAUGGGAUUGGUGAAUCAAGUUUUCAAUGAAACUAAUUUGAAGCCAUUGAAGGGUAAGAUGGCAAUUGGACAUACACGUUAUUCAACAGCAGGAAAGAGUACAUUGGUCAAUGCACAACCAGUGAUUGUGCAAACAUUGCAUGGUCAAAUUGGUAUUGUACAAAAUGGUAACCUCACCACUGCAAAGAGUUUAAGAAAAGAGUUGAUGCAAAAGGGUGUUGGUUUCUUUAUAGAUAGUGAUGUCGAAGUAAUUACACAAUUGUUAUCCAACAAUCCAGAGGGUUGCGAUCCACAUAAACCAAAUUGGGAGAAUAGAAUCGCCCAUUUCAUGAGCAAAGCAGAGGCUGCCUACGCAUUGUGUUUGAUGACACCCAACGGUAUCUACGGUGUGCGUGACUCGUUGGGAAUGCGUCCAUUAUGCUUGGGCUCGUUGGAGGUGCCAUGCAAGGACGACCCAACCAAGACCAUCACUCGUUACGUGUUGACCUCAGAGUCUUGUGCCAUCGGCACCAUUGGCGCAAAGUUUAUACGUGACGUUCGUCCAGGUGAAAUCGUACACAUCAACGAGAAUGGUAUCACCUCCUUCAUUGGCCGUUCGCCAUCGGAUAAUCCAGCAUUAUGUGUUUUCGAAUAUGUUUAUUUCUCACGUCCAGAUUCAUCAAUGGAGGGCCAACUAAUCCAUAUCGUCCGUCAACGUAUGGGCGAGACAUUGGCUCGUGAGUCACCACCACCACAAACCUGCUCCAACAAUGACACCAUUGUUAUAGGUGUCCCCGACUCCUCAUUACCCGCUGCCAUUGGGUAUGCCAAACAAUCGGGUAUCCCAUUCACAGAGGGUUUAACAAAGAAUCGUUACAUUCAUCGUACUUUUAUUCAACCAUCCGAUCAUUUACGUCAACAAGGUAUAAAAUUGAAAUUCAAUCCACUCACAGAGAAUAUUCAAGGUAAGAAAGUGAUACUCGUAGAUGACAGUAUCGUUAGAGCAAACACUAUCAAAGCUUUAAUUAAAUUGAUUAGAGGAGCUGGUGCCACUGAAAUUCAUGUCAGAAUCUCCUCUCCACCAGUUUUACAUCCAUGUCACAUGGGUAUCGAUAUGGCAACAUACGACCAACUCAUUGGUCACAAUAGAACAGUCGAAGAAAUUCGUGAAUAUAUAGGCGCUGAAAGUUUACAAUAUCUAACCCUAGAAGGUUUAAUGAAAUCUGUCAAUAUUGGUAUUAAACCACAAGCUGAAACUAAUUCAACUCCAUGUUUUUCAACUUCAUCCCCAACUACAACCAAAAUUAAAAUUAAUGAAAAUAAUCAAAAACAUUGUGUUGCUUGUUUCACUGGUGAUUAUCCUUGCAGUUUAGAUUUUUAA